AUGACACGCCUGCUGAGCUGGCAGACGAUGGCAUGGGUGAGUGGGGGCAGAUGGGUGAUGGGAGGGCAUGAAUGGCAUGGCCGCAUGGCACUGUGCACUGCUGCUGCUCCACCGAGUUCCAUUCCAUCCCGUUGCCCUCGCUGCCGGCCAACAUCGCCCCCUCCCAUGCUUCGCCCUGUGCUGCUCGAGAAAUGGGUGGUGGCAGGGGGCGAGGAGGGCGAGGAGGGCGAGGAGGGAGGACUGGAUGACUCAGUGCAUGUCUUCACGGCGCACACAAGCAGUGUGUACGCGGUGGCGUGCAGCCCACUCGCGGGCGGCCGAGUGGCAUCGGGUGGCGGGGACGACGUGGCGUACCUGUGGACCAUUGGGCACGCGGACGACCCCAUCAAGCUGGAAGGGCACGGGGACAGCGUGGCGGCGGUGGAGUUCAGCACGGACGGCCGGUGGCUGGCCACAGCGGGGAUGGACGGAGUGGUCAUGCUGUGGGACGCCGCCACGGGGGACAGGCGCCACCGCCUUGAGGGGCCCGGGGAGGCCAUCGAGUUCCUGACGUGGCAUCCACGUGGCGCAGUGGUAUUGGCGGGGUCGGAGGAUCUGACAGCGUGGAUGUGGAAUGCGGAGACGGGCGCAUGCAUGGCCGUCUUCACGGGGCACAGCGCAGGGGUCACCUGUGGGGCCUUCUCGCCUGAUGGGCGGGCGGUGUGGACGGGGUCAACAGACGGGUCGGUGCGCUGCUGGGACCCGCGUUCUGCCGCCACCACCGCCACCCUCCAAGGCCCAUUGUUCCACAGCGACGCCAUCACGUGUCUGGCCAUGGCGCCUCAGGGCGCAGUGGGCGCUGCUGGCUCUGCCGACCACACUACUGCGCUCUUCGGCCUGCACCAGCCCAAGGUGUUGGGCAAGCUGGAAGGGCACACGGACUCGGUGGAGGCCGUCGUCUUCAACCCCCUUCCCCUCAACCCCCACUCCCCCCCCCCUCUCUCCCCUCUCUCCUACGCCAUGCUUGCCACCGCAUGGCAGGACGGGGUGGUGCAGAUGCUGUGGGCGCCGGCAGCUCCGGUGCUGGUGACGGCGAUGGCAGAUGGAGCAGUGCAUGUGUGGGAUGCGCGCACGGGCGCCAUUCAGAAGACCCUGCGAGGCAACCGCCAUGCCGUGCUCUCCCUUUCCCUCACCCCGGACGGGGCCUUCGCUGUGACGGGGUCGGACGACCACACGGCUCGUGUUUUCCAGCUUUGA